UAUAUGAAUAAUGUUCCCCGCAAUUAUCGCACUCUUUUCUGCCCUAAAUACAUAUAGCAAUAUCCUGCGGGAAAGAAUUAAACCGAGGCAAUAAAGAUAUAUAUACUCUAUAAGAUAUAUAAAGUCUUUUUGUCACAAAGUUACCGUUUGAUCGAAUCCGACAUUGCAAAAGUGAGAGGAGUUAAAGACAUCUAUUAACUGGUUUAAUCACGGAUGUGCAUUAAGGAAAAGAUGCAGUCAAAGACAUGGACGAUAUUUCUAGGGAUCCUUUUUUUUUUGGUGUUACUAUAUAUUCUGGCUUUGAAUGGAAGUACAAUCUUUAAUAAAGAUGAAAUCGUGGCUAAUUACUUUAAGAUAAUUGGCAAGAAUUACACAAAAUCGACGAUGUUAAAACCAUUGCUCCAACCACCACCUGUGGAACAAGCUGAGUUUAUAGGCUCCGUGGGUUUUAUGAAUUCUAAGAAAAUGAAAAAUAGACCAAGAAACACAACGGAUUACGAAAAAGGUCAUCGAGAUCUCUGCAAAAAUUCAUGGCAGGAAGAAUACACAAAACUGCAUCAAAAUCAAAUAAACGCUAAAAAGUUCAUCACUUAUACAUGUCCAAAAUCAGGUUGGGGAAAUCGACUCAGAGAUUUAAUUGCGAGAUUCCAUUUCGCAGUCGUCGUUGGGCGUGCAUUUAUUAUAAAUUGUGACCGUCCUUCACCCUUAGAUAGAUAUUUAUCACCACGAAACAUAAAAUGGAAUUACAAAAUAAAUCAAACAAAAUUAACUGUUAGAAGUGGAUACCCGGUGAGAUUAGGUGACAUAAAAAACGGCGAUAUCCGCAAAACCUUCGAGAAAACGUUAAACUAUUCAGUGGAACAUAGCCCACGACUUGUGGGAAAUAUUAAUAAAUGGAUUGUAAGUCAUUUGAGAUACAACUUGACUGUUUGGCCUAAUCUCGGACAGAUGAUGGGGUGUAGUUUUUAUUACUUGUUUAAGAAAUCUGAUAGGUUAGAAAAACGUCUAGAAGAAUGGAAAGAAGAAUUAGGUUAUUAUGAAAAUAUUGUUCUUGCUAUACAUAUUCGUGAAGGGGAUAGUGUAUUCCACCACAACAGGAAUGAUAAGAGAUUUAAAGAUCCAAAGGAAUUUGAUGUAUGCUUUGAAUGUGCCGCAAAAAUACAGAAGAGAAUCGAAGAGAAAUAUAAAACAAAGAAAGUUAUUUGGUUCUUAGCUGCGGAUUCUGAAAAAAGGAAAACGUAUGCCAGAACAAAAUAUGGCAAUAAAGUCAAAUACAUAACAGGGCCUAUUGAGCAUGUUGGUCAUCCUACGAAGGGUAACGGGGAUGCGGGACAGUUUACUAUGUUUCUCGACUAUUUUCUGAUGCAAGAAGCUGACUACAGACUGUAUCCUGGAUCUUCUACAUUUGAUAAUGCAGUUAAUUUUAUCACUUUGGGCACAGCAGAUUCGUCUCGGGGAGCAAAAGCCUGUCCAAUGCCCAGAUCCUUGAAGGUCUGAACAGUUUGCCUUUCUUCAAAACAAUAUUUAAUCUUAACUAAUAGGUAACGAAAUGAGCAAUUCCAGCUAUGCACUAAAUUUGAAUCUGUAAAAGAAGAACCAAACUCACCACUAAAGCUAAAAAGAGCAUGCUGACCUAUUUUAAGUAUCACUGACCUAUCUAGUAUAGGUCAGGGGCUAAAAUCCUUAAAAUUUCAAAGUCUGGCCGCGAAUUGUCGCAAAUAUUGUAUUAAUUUAUAUUCCUAUGGCCUAUGGGAAGUGGGAACAGGCAGCGUUUUCGGUUCAAAUGUAUUUCAAACUAAUAUUUGGGCGUAGAAACAGCUCCUAAUGAGUUAAUGUAUUUAUCUCGGUCUUAUAGACAGCCUUUCCAUGUCGGAAGAAAGCAUGUAGGAAGCGGUCAACAAAGCUUCAAUAGUCAAUUUUUUAACCUCUUAGCAAAAACUCUAAACCACUAGGAUAUUUUAUAGUGUUCAAUCGGUACGUAUUAGUUAACCAGUCGGUUAAAAGGGUUCAUACCCCCCAAAACGGCCUUGCCUUUUGCCUAAAUCAAAUUUAGACUACAGCUGGAGUUGCCGUUUACUUUUCAUACAUAUUAUCCACGUCGUUGGAUCAGUGAUGAAUUUCUGUUGGGCAUGUUUUUAUUGAGUAAUUUUUUGUAUUCGAGAUUUGUUAUGGUGUGUAUCGUAACAAGUCAACUAAUUUGGCCAACGAAUUUCGUUAUAUGAUAUAUUUUAUUUGUUCUUUA